AUGACAAUUAUAAAACUGAAUGAUUUUUUUCUUUCCUAUUUAAAGGAAGAGCCAAGGCUGGAUGUUCUGAUAAAUAAUGCAGGGAUAUUCCAAUGUCCGUACAUGAAGACAGAGGAUGGUUUUGAGAUGCAAUUUGGUGUAAACCACUUGGGUCACUUCUUGCUCACCAACCUUCUUCUGGGCCUCCUCAAAAAUUCUGCUCCAAGCAGGAUUGUGGUAGUAUCCUCAAAGCUUUACAAAUAUGGAGAGAUCAACUUUGAAGACUUGAACAGUGAAAUAAGUUACAAUAAAAGCUUUUGUUACAGUCGGAGUAAGCUGGCUAACAUAUUAUUUGCAAGGGAGCUAGCCCGUCGGUUAGAAGGGACAGGAGUCACCGUCAAUUCACUUCACCCUGGGAUUGUCAGAACAAAUCUAGGCAGAUAUGUGAAUAUUCCUUUCCUGGCAAAACCCCUAUUCAACUUGGUGUCGUGGGCUUUCUUCAAAACACCCCUGGAAGGAGCCCAGACUUCUAUUUAUUUGGCUUCUUCUCCUGAUGUUGAAGGCGUGUCGGGAAAAUAUUUUGGGGACUGCAAAGAGGAGGAACUCCUGCCCAAAGCCAUGGAUGACUUGGUUGCAAGAAAGUUGUGGGAUAUCAGUGAAGUGAUGGUUGGUUUAUUGAAAUAAGUGCCAGGGGGUGUCUGCCAAAAGAAUGCAGAUAACUAUGCAACACAUAUUUACAACAGUGUAAUUCUCACUUGAAAUGCUGUGGGAAUACAGAUUACUUUGCUCAGUAAGUAUUAAGUAGAGGAGUGAUUUAUGCUAGAAUUAUGUUUUGAAAUAAAGGAGAAUAUUUAAGAGAUGUAGGCAUUCAAAAAACUGGAAUAGGGUGUGAAUAUAAUUUCUGGUUAAAUCUGCUUGGGAACUCAUGUUUUGCAAAUAAAAGUUAAACAAAACCGUGUUUUGCAAUAUAUGUGCAUAU